GCAAAGCAUCAAACGCUUCUUCAGACAGCUGACUGAGGGUGAGACCUAUGCGAGCGCUUCUCAGAGGGCUUCACGGGAUAUACAUACAACGUUUGAGGCGGAGCAAACUGACAACGCGUCCUGUCUGGCUGUCAAACCAGUCCACGAGUAUGUUUAAGGUGUAUGCUAGCGCUCUGAACUAGUAAAUAACUCGCUUGGAGAAGCCCUGGCACCUCCGUUUAGUCUACAUGCGUUUACAAACAUGUCUUUGGACUUGUGUUUGCUGUAGUUCGAGCUCAUGCCCCUAAAGCCGUGCCAAUGCCGAGGAAUGGAUACUAGUGUCUCUGGCAAAGUUGGAAACAUGGUCGCAAGUGAUGAGGAGCAUUUGGACGCGAGCGACGGCAGUAACGCAGGGAUGGACGCGCUUCACCAGUGCGAGCUCAUCCAAAACCUGAUCGAGAUCUCCAUCUCUAGUCUGAAGGGGCUUCGGACCAAGUGCGCAGCAUCUAACGACCUGACCCAACAUGAGAUCCGCGCUUUGGAGGUGAAGCUGGUGAAGUACAUCAGUAAACAGUUAGAGUGGAAGCAGAGUGUUCCAGAGAGAGACAGACCGCUGGCGCUGGACUCUUACCCACAGCUCAUAGACUGGCUGUACACCAUCAACCUCCGGCCAGAGCUCAUAGAGGCAGUCCCUGUGAAGCUGUCUCUGGAUGCUUUGCUGCAAAUGUCCAGUGCGCAGGUGGAAGACGCCAUGAAAAGACUGGGCUCUAGCAGUGAGGAGUGUUCCCGUAUCACAGCUGCCCUCUCCUGUCUCAAGAGCGCUACUGACACAGGUGCAGCUCUUAAGAAAGAGGGCAUCCCGUGGAUAGCAGAACCCACUCAGCGUGACAGUUCCUCUGUUGACCCGCUGUCUUGUUCUAUGCGUGCACAUCAGCCUUACAGUCCCAGCCCAACCAGCUGGCCCCCUCCUUCUGCUUUACCUGCCCUUCGUUCCUGUGUCUCUGUCUCUGCUCUACCCUCAAUGGACUUCCCUACAAUCGUCCACCCUCACUGUGAUGCGCUGACGGACCCUUUUUCAUCCUCCCCGCAGCUGAACCGCUGCCCCCCCCGGCUGCUGUCCACCCCUCCAGCCACACCACCAACGAGAAGAUAUGGCAAAGUAAAGCCCACACGAACUCCACCACCUCCAUCCCGUAAACUGCUAAACCUCCUGCCCAACAUCACCCUCACACGCAGCAAGAGCCAGAGCCAACUGGCCAACCGGAUCGAUGACCCUACACCCAACAAGAGAGGGAAGAAGAACAAGCCGCUUCUGAACGUGCAGGUAAAUGGUGGAGGAAACGGCUGGGAAGACUCGCCCUCACGGUCACCACUGCUGUCUGCCCGUUCCCCCUGCAUCCUACCAAACACCCCCAGUCACCUGGGAGAUCCCGUGGGUGUUAGAAAUAAUGUUGCAUCCCACGGAAGCUCUCCGCUAAUCAUGAGGAAGGAUAUUGGUCUGGAUGUCACACACAGAUUUUCCACCAAGUCGUGGUUGUCUCAGACGUGUCAGGUGUGCAAGAAGAACAUGAUGUUUGGUGUUAAAUGCAAACAUUGCAAGGUGAAGUGCCACAAUAAAUGUACCAAAGAGGCCCCUAAGUGCAGGAUUUCAUUUGCACAAUUUCCAAAUAAUAUCAGAAGAACAGAGUCAGUACCGUCAGGUAUCAAUAACCAGGUGGAGCGACCGACAGAGUCUCAGCAGUACGGAACAUUACCGAAGGCAAUAAACAAAAAGGACCACCCUCCAUCACUGAGUCAGCUGGACUCCAGUAGUAACCCCUCCUCCACCACCUCCUCCACCCCCUCCUCACCUGCCCCCUUUGGUCAGAGCAACCCCCCAAGUGCCACCCCACCACCCAACCCCUCCCCUAAGGGUCCCGUUGACAGUCGGUUUCACUUCCCAGACGUAUCCAGUUCCACACAUUCAGAUGGAGGUUGCAACACCGGAGAAACUGAUCAGUUGGAUGGUAAUGUCAACCAGUCGUCAACAGGCCAAAGUGAAGCUGUGGACGAGGAGCAGCAAGGGAAUGACGGUCAGGAUCAGGAAGGUUCGGAUGAUGAAAGUGAAGGGGAUGAAGUGGAUGACCUGCCCAACUGCAGGGGCUACUGGAAGGACCACAUAAGGCGUAAGGCCAGCCAGACCAGCGUUUACCUGCAGGAGUGGGAUGUGCCUUUCGAGCAGCUGGAGCUCGGAGAGCUGAUCGGUAAAGGCCGCUGGGGGAAGGUGUGCAGGGGCCGCUGGCAUGGAGAGGUGGCUGUUCGCUUGUUAGAGAUUGAUGGUAACAACCAGGAGCACCUGAAGCUGUUCAAGAAGGAGGUGAUGAACUACCGGCAGACGCGACACGAGAACGUGGUGCUGUUUAUGGGGGCCUGCAUGAACCCGCCUCAUCUGGCCAUUAUCACCAGCUUUUGUAAAGGACGGACACUCUACUCGGUUGUCAGGGAUUCUAAACUUGACAUCAACAAGAUAAGACAAAUCGCUCAGGAAAUUGUAAAGGGAAUGGGUUACCUCCAUGCAAAAGGAAUUGUGCACAAAGAUUUAAAGUCUAAGAAUGUUUUUUACGAUUCAAACAAAGUGGUCAUCACCGAUUUCGGUCUGUUUGGGAUGUCUGGAGUGGUCCAGGAGGACAGGCGGGAAAAUGAACUGAAGCUUCCACGAGGGUGGAUCUAUUACCUGGCUCCAGAGAUUGUGCGAAAGAUGGUACCAGGAAACCAAGAAGACUGUCUGCCCUUUUCGAAAGCUGCUGAUGUUUACGCAUUUGGCACUAUCUGGUAUGAACUUCAGGCUAAAGAAUGGCCUAUUGUUAACCAACCGACUGAAGUUCUGAUCUAUCAGCUGGGAAGUGGAGAAGGCAUCAGAAUGUUACUGACCCAGAAGGGUACAAGCUUGGGCAAGGAGGUUACGGAGAUCUUGUCAGCCUGCUGGUCCUUUAAGGUUGAGGACAGACCCACAUUCACUCAGCUGUCAGACUUACUAGAGAAGCUGCCGAAGCUCAAUCGCAGACUCUCACACCCCGGCCACUUCUGGAAGUCUGAGGAGUAUGUAUCCUAGUCUGGAACGCUAGCAUGCUGUGGAUCACCCUUUUUUUAGGGUGUAGUUUAGGGAGCAUGAAAACUAACUGAUCGUUUGGAGCCGACCUGUGUAUUGUUUUUUUGUUUUGUUUUUUUUGUCUCUAUUCUGAGCCUAUUUAAUUGAACACCUUUGGAUUUUUUUAGUGUAACGAGAGUCAGAAGGAUGCUGUGCAUGGAAUCAACCAUUAUAUAUUUGAUCCAACCUGAUAUUAUAGUGCGGAAAAUAACAAUAAGUGACAGUAAUGCAAAAGAGUGUAUGCCUGUGAGCUUGUGAGCGUUUUUCUGCUACCAAAGUUUUUGGCUGUUAUAUGAAUGAUUGGUCUGGUUUGCAGAUGUGUGAAGAUUUGUGUGAUUUGUCGUUUAUUAUUUACUAGAUAGAAGCAGAUAAUAGGAUUGGUUCAGAGGGAAGGUGCUUAUUGAUUUAGCCUGUUACACUCUGAAUAUGUUUAUAUGACCCAAAUAUCUGGCCUGUGGUCAGGAAUUCACCUUUUAUAUUUAAUAACGAUGGUUAGACAGUGGUUCUGAAUUUAUAAUAUAUUUAAAAUAAUAUUAAUGACAAUAAUUAGAUAAUAUAUGAUUAUAUAAUGUAAUACAUUAAAUCAUUUAAAAUGAUUUAUUAUUAUUAUUUAUCAGUACAAGUACAGUACAGUUGAAAUCCCUGAAUUUUCUUUUGUAAUUUUCUUUUAAAUAUUUGUGUAUGUUGUCUCUGCUGUUUUUCUGGUGGGUUUCUCUCCGCACUGGAAAUGGCCCAAACUUGUGAUCCCCUCUCUCUGUCAUCGGCCGUUCCUGUCUCCAUCUUGAUGGCUCAACCUUUCUUCUUACCAACAACUUCUCCCAUAUCUUCAUAUUUCGCAUGUCACUUUAUUUUCUCCUCUGUAUUUUCCUUCCUUCUGUUCUCUGAUUGGCUGAAUGUUCAGUGCAUGGCAUCACCACUGUCUGCGUGAGCACUGCAGUCCAGGCCUCCGCUCUCGUUGUCCCUAUGUCUACAAAUACGAUGGUUUGUCAACAGCUGCUGUUAACAUUAACAUGGCUACUGCAUUCAAAGAAAACAACUGAGUCAUUUUUAGAAUAUUUUUAAUAGUAGUCCCAUCUUUGCCGGUUCUAACACUGAGCAAAGUUAUGAGCUGAAAAGUUGUAAAUGUAAAAAAUGCAGAUAGGCUUUCAGCUGUUUUACUGAGCUAGUUGACUUUGCCACAUUUUGCCAUUUCGAAUGGAAUUUGAUUUCCAUUGCUCUUUUGAGGACAUACCUUAAGCUUUUACAGUCCACAAACUUUCUCCUGUAUUCUUUAAAAAAAGUGACUUCCGUAUUCUAUGUAUUUGCUCAAAAUUACGAUUUAACUGAAUAAUUAUUUACCGGAUGCUAAUCUGACCUACUGAGCCCUCCCUUCCGGGAUGGAUAUAGAUCUUCAAAAAUAUGGAUCCUGAUGAGUUAUUUGUAAUAUCAUAAAUAAUGAAACAAUAUUUUGAUCCAGCUGGAUGAUGUUCAAGAACUUUUAAUAUCGAAUACCUCUCGUUUUAAUUUGUGCGUGUGUGAGAGAGAAAGUGUGUGAGAGUGUGCAUGUAGAGUUUUGAGUGAUUUAUUUGUGGUGUUCUGAACAAUGAGAGGCUGGAGAAGAUGGCAGUGACUGUUCCCAUGACAAUUUAAAGGAAUUCGAAUAGAGAACUGUUGUUUUAUUUAUUGUACAGCUAAGAUUUCUUAUAUUAUUUGUACAAAAUGUUAUAUGUUUCCAUCGAAAAAUUGUUGAAAAGGUACUUUUCUCCUGUUGUACAGCUCUUUAUAAACAAAGUGUGUCGAACACAAUUUGUACAUUUCUAGAAUGAGAUUGCGGUUUUAAUGUUAUGUAAUUAUGAAUUAAUAUUUUUGUAAAGCUUAUAGCCACUUGUCUGUAAACACAAUGUCCUUUUAUCCUUGCAGAAAUAAAUAAAACAUUUGAAAUAUU